AUGGGCAUUGUAUCUUUCCACAGCUAUUCAAGUACACAUCCGGAGAUCUUAAGGGCGCGUGCUGUGACUCCAUUUCGCGACGUCACCUACGGCGUUCAGACGCUUUGCUUCAACGAGGGCGACAUCAUUGGGGUGAGUUUCUGUCCGCAUGCCUUCACUCAUCGUCCCUGGACAGUGACAUCUGCCAGGCACAUGCUUAGUCGCUUAAUUCGGCAGGUGAGCCCCGCUAGACGUAAAACCCAAGAGGCCGUCAUAACAUUAAAUUCUCCCGAGCACUGCGGAUCGACAAUGUGCUUGGCUAAACCUUACCAAACCUCGGUUAACGAGUUUGCGAUCCGAACCCUAGGAAGCUUCUCUUCUCGAUUUUGA